CGUACAGGUGGGUCAGUCGAUCGGUAGAUUAGCUGGUGAACGGUUCGUGCGAUCUUACGCUUCUACGCUCCUGUGUGUGUGCCUGUGUACUACGGUUGUGCUCUUUUCCAAAAUCCCUGUGUUUCCGAGCGUGCUGCACAAGAAGUAAGUCGUCGAACGUCGGAUGAUCGUCAACUAGCGGUGCAGUUUCGGUGCUGAGUAAUAAUCCAGCCCGCCAGCCUACUCACUAGCUCACUGAUCGUCAUCACAACAACGCACCAACACGAUGGACGUCGAUCUGAAUGGUGGACGCGACCGUAUCGCGCCAAUGUUCAAAGAUCGCAACGUGCUGAUCACGGGCGGGACGGGAUUCCUCGGUAAAGCGCUGAUUGAAAAAUUACUCCGAUGCUGUCCGGAGAUUGGCCAGAUCUAUCUUCUAGUCAGAGCAAAGAAGGGCAAAUCACCGCGCCAACGCUUGGAGGACAUCUUUGCCAAUCCGCUGUUCGAGACCGUCAAAGGUAUGCGCGGUCUGGAUACGUUGAUCAGUCAAUGUACCGUGAUCGGUGGGGACGUCACCGAACCGGAACUGGCCAUUUCACCCGAGGACCGCAAGCUGAUAACGGACAACGUUUCCAUCAUCUAUCACUGUGCCGCUACGAUCCGGUUCGACGAAACGCUCAAGAAGGCGGUCAUGCUCAACACCCGCGGCACCAAGUUUAUGAUCGAUCUGGCGAAACAGUGCAAAAAAUUGGAUAUGUUUGGUUACGUGUCCACCUCGUACUGCCAUCUGAACGAGAAGCUGCUGCUGGAGAAGCCCUAUCCACCACCGGCCGAUCCGCACAAGGUGAUCAAGGCGGUCGAAUGGCUCGAGGAAGGUGUGGUUGAUGGCAUGACCAAAAAAAUUCUGGGCGAUUGUCCCAACACAUACGCCUAUACCAAAGCGUUAGCGGAAGCACUCGUGGUGGAAUCGAUGGACGAAAUCCCGGCCGUCAUCUUCCGUCCGUCGAUCGUUAUUCCUACCUGGCGCGAACCGAUUCCCGGCUGGACGGACAACAUUAACGGUCCGGUCGGUCUGCUGAUCGGUGCCGGUAAGGGUGUGAUCCGUUCGAUGUACUGUAACUCGGACGGGUAUGGGGACUAUCUGCCGGUCGAUUUCGCUGUCAGUGCUAUGUGCGUUUGCACCUGGAACUAUGUCGGCAACAAGGACUACAAGCGAAACAUCUAUCAUCUGGUAAGUUCGGCCGAAAUCAAGGUGUCCUGGGAGGGCAUCAUCGAGCGCGGCAAGUGGAUCGUCUCGAACAAGAUUCCGCUGAACGGUGUGCUGUGGUAUCCGGGCGGUUCGAUGAAGCGUACCCGGUGGGAACACAAUCUGGCCGCGUUCUUCUUCCACUGGAUACCGGCGUUCUUGAUCGAUUGUUUGCUGUACUGCUUCGGAUAUAAGCCAAUACUGUGGAGGAUACAUCAGCGUAUCGCCAAGGGUUUUGAAGUGUUCGAAUACUACGCCAACAAUCAGUGGGACUUUGACAACGCUACCGUACUGUACCUGCGAACGAUCAUCAACGAGGAGGAGAAGGUCAAGUUCAAAAUCGAUGCCGGAGGUGUGGAAAUUCAAGAAUACUUCGAAAACUGUAUACGAGCCGCACGGUGGUAUAUUCUGAAGGAGACGGACGACACUAUUCCCGCGGCCAGACGUCACAUGCGUGUCAUGUGGUGGGUCGACAAGAUAUGUAAGACAUUAAUCUACGGUGGACUCAUUUACUACAUCGGCAAGGCACUCUACUCGUUGCUGUUUGCGUCCGUGUUCUAAGGCUGCUACCGGUCCUCCGGAAACAGCAGCAACAACAGUCAGCAGAAGCUUGGCCCCCGUACGCUCGUGUUAGUGCGUGUGAUUAGACGCAAUUAAUCUAUCGAUUCCAUCACACUCGAACCACCAAACCUUGUGUGCCAGGAACUGUACCAAGGGUGUGUUUUUUUCCUUCUUCAUUUUGUGAUUAAGCUUAUCAACAUCCUUUUGUUUAAUUUUUUGGUUUGCGUUUUUUUUUUUUGGGCAUAACGUCUAAAUUUUCCGUCACCCUUACAUACAGCCUAGUUUUGAUUGUUUUUAGCGAUUAAGGAGCAACUGCAGUACCACCUAACCUUACCACCACGAUAGUUCACGAGUUACCAGAUGGUAGAGAAAGGUGUAGAGAUGAAUUUUGUGUAUUAUUUUUUGUUUCCCCUUGUUUUUGUGUAUUUCUUGCGUGUUGGUUCGGUACCGGAAGUUAGGAAGGGAAAACUCCGCACGAAUCGAUGUUGAUUAGGAGGAGUAAUCAAUAAAUGUGUAGCGAACUGUUUGAUUUUUAUCAUUUCCCCUAAAA